AUGAGUGAAGUUUCAUUUCAUAAAUUUAAGGUUAAAUCAAGCGAAAAGAUAUUGUUCACCUAUAAUGCAAGGAUAUUUGAUGGAUUAUCAUUUGAUGAAAUACGCAAAGUCUCUAGAGAGCUUAAAAUAAAAGCUAAAGACAAUAUAAAAAGUAACCAUAUCAAUUUAAUUAAACAAUCAAAAUCAAAUUUAAAAACAAUACCUUGUAUAUGUUAUCUUUGUCAAGAAGAAAAAACAACAAAUAAUGAUAAUAAUAAUAAUGAUGAUAUUGAAAUACCAAAUAAAAAAUCAUCAUAUCAAGAAAUUAUAAAAUUUUCACUUUUAAAUUUAAUUAAGAUUCAAGAUUAUUUACAAGAGAAAUUUAAGUAUACAUUACAAGAGAAAAAACAAGUAAAUAAAGAAAUGCUUAAAUAUUAUUUCAACUAUAAUGAUAUUCAAGAGUAUAUAUCAUCACAUAGUGGUCUAUUAUAUAUUAAAUCACUCACUGAUAUUUUCGCUCAAAUCGGUGCAAUUAUAAAAAACAAUCCAAAUCAAUUCUCAAAUGGUUUUGUUUAUUUUAGUUCCUUUUAUACUGCAUUAAAAGAAAUACCAUCACCACCACCACCACCACAACCACAACCACAACCACCACAACCACCACAACCACCACAACCACCACAACCACCACAACCACAACUACAAUCUUCAAUUGAAAAUUCAAAAUUAUAUAAUAAACGGUUAACUAUUAAAACCUCAAAAGAUCAAGAAGAUGAAAAGAAAGAAAAAGAAGAGGAACAAGAGAAAGAUGGUGGUGACUAUAAAAAUAAUGAAGAAGAAGAAGAAGAAGAAGAAAAGGAAGAAGAAGAAGAGGAUCAAGUACAAGUUGAAAAGGGAAAUAAGAAAAGAAAGAUUUCAUCACAUUAUUAUAAUGAUGAUUAUGAUGAUCAAGAUGGUGAUGAUGAUAGUAGUGAAAUUGAAAAAUUUAGAACAAUUAUUAAAUCAAAUAUUAAUGAUUUUGAAUCAAAUAUAAUGAAUAAUUUUAAUUUUUACCCAGUAGUAAAUAGAUUAAAAUUAAAUUUAUUACAACUUUCACCUGCAAAAGAAUAUGUUAGAUUUUUUAUUUUAAAGAUUUUAGAAGAUACUCCAACUAAAUAUUUCGAUCAAUAUAGUGGUAAAAUUCGUUGGAUAUUUAGAACAUCAUCAUUGUAUCCACCACCAUUUUUAGAAAAUUUUUGGAAUACUCAUGUUUUAGAUUCCUUAAAUUAUACAAAGUUUCAUCAAGUUUUAGGUGUUGAAAUUCACACUGAUCCUUUCAAUUUUUAUGAUGAUAUAGAUACAAAAGAAGAAAAAUAUCAAAGAACUUUACAAUUAUAUCAAAAAUAUUUUGAAAAGAUGGAUUCUUAUUCAGAUAUUUGGAUUCCUUCAUUAGUUUUAGAACCAAAAAAAGAGAAAUAA